AUGGACCUUGCAUCCAAUCCGACAUUAAAAAUCCUAAUUAUCAAGGAUCCAACACAAAGAAGUUUGCAUACCGCUCAAAAGAGAGAGCCCCGAUGCCAGCCACAAGGGGCAGUUCCAGUUUUUGUAUCCUCUUUGGUUUUCAAUGGUGUAACUUACACUGGCGGCCUUGGUACAAGCAAAAAGGAGGCUGAACGAUUGGUGGCCCGUGCUGCCAUUCAAUCCCUAUAUGAGGUACCUGCACCACAUCAUUUGCCCCAAUUACCAAGUGCAGUGGCUAGAGCAUCCUCUGCAGUAGGGAAUUCCUUGAUCUCCUUUGUUCCUGCGACUACCGAACAGCAGCCCAUUGCUGCUAUGAGUUCUGGUAGAAAGCGACGUAAGAACAAGAAAAAGGCCAAUAAGAAACCGCGUGUUGAUCCUCAGUUACCCAAUGCUGUCAUGCCCUUUGACCAAGCCCCGCCUUGUUCUGUUGCAAAGUAG